AUGUAUAAGUGGGUACACAACUGGAUCCGAACGUGCGAAAUAUGCCAGCGUGUGAAGCCAUCUCCAUCAUCACAGGCUCCCUUGCGAUCGUUGCCAAUUGCAGCAGAGGCAUGGAGAUCAGUUUCGAUGGACUUUGUCUUCGGGCUUGCGCCCGAUAGCCAAACUCGAACGGGCACCUUGGUCUUCGUUGACAGCUUCAGCAAGAUGACACAUCUCGUGCCUGUUCACGCUAAGGUCACCGCGGCAGAGACCGCGGCGCACUUCAUCGACGCGGUGUUCCGUCAUCAUGGCCUUCCAGAAAACAUUGUUUCGGACCGUGAUCCGCGAUUUACGUCCGCAUUUUGGACGUCACUUCUCGAGCUCCUCGGGACAAAACUGCUGAUGUCGACUGCGGCCCAUCCGGAAACGGAUGGGCAGACCGAGCGCGUGAACCGGGUCCUCGAAGACGUUCUUCGAAUUUACGCUACGUCAUUUACAAGUUGGAGUGCAUUUUUACCACUCGCUGAGUUCGCACUCAACAACGCCGUACACGCGUCAACAGGGUUGACGCCAUUUUUUGUGAAUUCGGCUCGUCACCCUCGUGUUCCUACUGUCCUGGCCGUGGGGCGACCCACAACACCUAGUGGCUCCACUCUAGGGGGGAUAAAGGUGAUGAACAAGGAUCGAGUGCAGCUCACGGUAUUUUGA